UAGUCGUUCGGAGCCGGCCGUUGGUCCCUCCGCGACGGUGGCAGGCAGGUGUCGCUGCUCCGGUAACUCGUGAGAACGCGAGACAGGCGGGUUCGAGUGAACGCGCCGCGCACACGUACUCGGCCGGCGCCGCGUCUUCAGCUGCUGCUCCCCGUUUUUCGGCGCGAGGCGAGCGAAGGCUGUGGUGAAGAGAAGAAAAGAGGAGUUGUCUCGCGAGCAAUGGCAGCGGCGGCAUCGUGUCGAGCGAUAUUCGUCGUGAGGUGGUACGAGGUGAGCCGUGCGCUGAGUGCCGCGUCGUGCCUGACCGCGACCAGGAGGUAUCAGAAGGAAACAUGGUGCAGACGGUGGUGGCACAUCUCUCAGAGGAGCCUCUCCCUAUCGGCCAGUUCCUACUCGCCGACGUUAAAUCCGCUUCUGAUGAAGCAACUGAAAGAGCCUAAAGCCACGGAAAAAGCAGCGAAGAAUGCUAUGAAGGCCACGUCGGCGGAAAACCUGGCGGUCGAGAGCGCGGAAUCAGCCGGUGCGGGUGUCACUGUGGCGUACCACCGAGGGCUUCCCAGGAUUACGGUGCCUCUUCCAUCCAGGAAGGAACAUUGCUCGUUCACUAUGAAGCCGAUCACGCAUACUGUCGGCAAUUUGUUGGACAUGCUAAAGACGGAGGAUCGCGGCAUCGAUCGAGCAUGCAUAACAUCGUUAGAUGGUGUCAGGAUAGCUUCCAGUAACACGAUAGAGUCACUUUUAGAAGAGGACUUCAAAUUAAUAAUAAACGAUAACGAAUACGUCGUUGCGCCGCCGUUGCAAGAAAGGUGCACGAUAGAGAACCUGCAGAAACUCUCGGACGUGCAAGCGCUCGUCAACCAAUUGUAUGAGUCGUUUCACGUGCGCGAAUAUAGUGCCGAUAUGGAGAGAGCAGUCAUUGCCGAGCUAGAGGAUGUUAGAUUGCGGUUAGAACCCCUCGAGCAGCAACUGUUAGACAUAGAGAACGCCGCUUACAGGAGGGCGAAUUUCUUCAUCUGGACGUUUCUAGUCAUGAUGUCUAUUCAAUUCGGCGGUUUGGCCAGAUUAACCUGGUGGGAAUACUCAUGGGACAUAAUGGAACCCGUCACAUACUUCGUCACUUACGGCACUACUAUGACGUGGUUCAUCUAUUAUCUCGUGACUAAACAGGAAUACAUGCUGCCGGACGUAUUGAACAGACGUCACCUCAUAGUUCUUCACAGAAGAGCGCGGAAGGCCGGUCUCGAUCUUGACCUGUACAAUUCGCUAAAAGACCGGGCCUACGAGUUAGAAACUACCUUGAAAAUCAUUCGCGGUCCAUUGCACGAUUAUAAGACUCAGAUGGAGCGGAAGCAACGUGCCAGGUCCAGCUCCAGCAGCUCAAGAUCACCUAGUUCCUCGCCCAGUCCCAGCCCCAAAAGAGACGUUCCUAAAAGAUCCGUCGCAUCGGAGGCGAACGACCCGCAAAAACAGCCUUUCGGAGAGUAUAAAGUUUAGUCGGAGACUCGAUCUGGAGAAGGCGCGUAAUUCGAGCCGAAGUAAUGAGUGAACGUAUCAACGAUCGUCGAUCGCCAAAUCGACGCUACAUCCGCUUCCAACGAAACGCCGGGUGGAAACUUGAGAAAAGAUUUUCUCAGAUACGACAAAAGCGAAUGCACUCAGGGUAAACUUUAAUCCGCGCAAGGAAUCGGCGUUUACACCGCGCAGGGACUGAGACACUUAGAAGGAAAGUAUAAUUUAUUUUUACGUAAGGAGGUGUGCGCGCGAAGUGUGAUAGACCAGAUCUCGAUUUAGUCUUCCAAGUAAUAUCGACGGUAAUCCUCAGUGCGCAUUCAACAGGCAUGGAGAAUGCGGCGAUUGUCAAAUGCUCAACACUGUCGACGUAUUUGGAAGACGUUGGAGAAAAGAGAUAGGGAAAACGAGCGCGCUACUUUGACCAACUUGGCGCGUCGAAUUUGCAUUUAGCGACAGAAACAUUAUUCACUUCUUGAGACAUGUUGAGGUAUCAUAAAUUUCAAAUUAUCUUAGCGCUUUACCGGUCGACCUUGGCAUCGAUCCGACGAUAUCAUCAUCGACAACACUCGAUACGUUAACAUAGAUAACAAGUUGUGUAAAUUCAUAAUAUUAUAAAUCGAAAUUGUGUGAGUAGCUGACCACAUCAAAGAACGUUAAGCGUUUUUGGAAGUUAAGGCUCCUGGUAUCUCGCCGCAGAAUUCUUGAUUGAUGACGUCAGAAUCGAGAAAUGCUCAAAAUUCCUGACAACGUGACAAAGUAAAGAGGAAAUGUAGUAAAAAGGAAGGUUUCAUGUCACGUUAAUUUUACGUUAUCUUAUUGAUUGUUAGAAUAAAAGGAAAAUGUUCAAAUUAUUUUAGAGCUGUAUUUAAUCGAUACUAAUUUUUAUUUUUUAGAUGUAUUUUUUUAUUUAGACGUACUUUGCAGGAAUUUUGGGCAUGUAUAUUCUCGCUUCUAACGUCAUAAAUGAAAAUGACAAUGGCGAGAGAUCAUGGGUCUUAAUUGACGCGUAAGCAAUCUAUCGGUAUGAUGUAAAACGUCCUACUAAAACUUACCAAGAAAAGUGAUGUAUUUCUACAAAACACGCAGUAAAACGUUAAAAUCGCUGUUGUGUUUGGAAUCAGUAAAAAUUACGAGUCUCUACAAAAACACGUGUUCUUACUGUUAAAAUACAUAUUGCGAAAAAAUUAAAAUAUUAAAGAUCAUUGCAAAGAGAUAGAAUACCGUUAUAUAGCUACAACUUACAAAUUAAUUAAAUUAAUAUGCAAAGUAAGAGCGCGUGCUUCUCUCGACUUGUAUUAUUUAAUGUUAUAUCUCUUUCUCCCUCUCUCUCUCUCUCUCUCCCUCCCCCCCCUCUCUCUUUCUCUCUCUCUCUCUCUCUCUCUCUCUCUCUCUCUCUCUCUCUCUCUAUGAAAACAUAGUAUCUCUAUACACAAUAUUUUAAAAUAAACGGCGGCAGAAAAAUCUAUCUACGAGUGUUGCAAGAAAUUUUAAAAGAGAUUCUGGUACAAGAGAUUCUGAUAACCGGUAAAUUUGAAAUUGUGCAUAAUAUUGAAAAUAAUACUGUUGGUUGUUCACAAAGUGGUAUUAUGUAUCGACGUCGCUGUCGUCGUGCUCGACGUUGAUGUUGUGUUGUAUAUACACAGUUUUUCAUGAGUCAACGAAACCGUAUGUUAAUCAUUACUAAUAAUAACAUAUAUGCACACUUCAGAGUGCGUCUUAUUAGUUAUAACGUUCUGUAAAUAACAUCAAUACGUAAAAAUGUUAAAUCAUCUCCCUUUCCCCUCUCCUUUCUCUCGUACAUUCAUUUUACACUCGAACGCUACCGUAUGGAUGAAAAUCCAUCCAGAAAAGUAAAGAUACGUUAGUAUUACUGUGAUCCAGAAUUGUAGCGAAAGAUAGUUUAAUAUAAUCGCCGUUAUGUAGGUUAAAAAACUUAAUCGUUACCCUAUGGUAUGUAUAUUGAUCACAACUUACGAAGAUAUUCAAUGUUCCUUCGAAACUGUCAUCAAACAAUUUCUAGUUCUUAAAUAAUCAAAGCCAUGCUUCACAGAGUAUUGUCAAUAUAAUACGAGAAACAAAGACACCUAUGUAUUACUGUCACCUUGACACUGUAACCUUUUGAUCGCAGCACCACGAUUAACGCUAAUGUUACUGCAACGCUAUUCUAGGUAGUUUUCACGAAAGAAUUGUAAAUAAUAUAAUUGAACAUUCGUAAUUCGCUUCGAGAUUUUUGGCAUGAAACUUCUCGCUUUUGUCAAAUCUAUAUCCGUGAAGUUAGUUUUAAUCCGCAACGAAUUUUGGAUUUCUAAUUUUUACGGCACUUAAGGCUCUUGGCUAUUUACCGCUAUUGAUUAUUUUGAUUUAUGACGUCGGAAACAAAAACAGAUAUCGCAAAAGCGUAUCUAAAAUUUCUACAAGGAGAGUAAGUUGAAAUAAAUUUAUCGAAACAGCAGGUUAAUAUACCCUAAUCCAUACAACAUGUCCAAAACUCACUCUAUCCAAAACAAUAGGUCCAAAUAAUAUAGAUGUAAAAUACUUCAAACUUUCUCUUAUUUCUUUUCUCAAUAAAAUUCUCCAACUUUCUUUUUGCUCUGACAAUCAAAUAAAUCAAAUAAUUAUAAAAUUGACAGAAUAAUGAGAAAAUGUAGGUUAAAAAGAAAGAUUGCAUGUUACUAAUUUUACAGAUAAUUUAUUGAUUGUUAGAGCAAAAUUUAUUUCAAUAUAUUUUGUAAAAAUGUUCAGCAUUUCUUUGCUUUCAAUGUUAUCAAUCAAAAAUUGCAUGCUGAAUAGCCAGGAGCCCUAAAAAAGAAAAAUAUUCAAUAAUAGAAUAAUUUCACGCGCGCGCGCGCGCGUUAAUAUUACGAAAUCUGCAAUGGAUCUUAUUGGGAUUUCAAGUGAAUAUACAUCAUCGAUUCUUUGCAAGACAAACAUACAUGCUUUAACUAAAUUAUUUCAAGGACAGUUUGUAUUUUGUGAAUUUGUAUAUGUAACACACAUUUGAUAUAACUUUAUAUCCUGAUACCGUAUUCACGCGUAUAUCGCACCAUACUUCAAGUAUUGAUAAUAGAGAGAGUCGCGAUUUAAAUUUAAAAAUAUAUUAGGAAUAAGUUAAAACAAUCGUUAACAUUAGAUGCCAAUGCUUUUUUACAACGGAGGACAAGUCAUAGAGAUCAGCGUACGUCGCGUAUCUUUGUCUAAUGACGCGCAGAGAGAAGGUCACGCCGCUCUUUAGUGACUUUAUCCUGUUUCACGCAAAUAUACUGUACCGCUUGAGUACACAAAGUUAAAAGUAUCUAAGAGUUUGUAGCAGAUAACGAGCGUAAUUUUCUAGAGUAGCACGAAUGAAAGUAUCGCUUUCCUAUUUCUGAUAGUCAUCGCGGAGCCAUCUUCCUCAAAAAUAUUUUGUACUAUUCUUAGAGAAUAUUUCGUAUAAAAAUCUUUGUACAAAUAUAUAUAUAUAUAUAUAUAUAUAUAUAUAUAUACGCAUAUACAAACACACACGAACACACAUAUAUACAUCAACACGACCGUACACAUACACACAGGCACACGCGCAUCAGCACACACAUGUACAUUACGUAUACAACUUACUUAUAUUUUAGUUCGGGAGUGAUAUUGCCUUAGCGCAUUUUCUCCGUAAGCUUCAAUGCCUAAUACUCGAUUCGACGCAUCGAUAGAUAAUCAAAGAGCUAGUUGCGUUUAAGAUUAUUGUAUAUCUAUAUACACGCCACAAUAUAGUGUACAUAGGUACCCUUGAAUCUCAAUAUAAAGCGUUCAGAGAGAGAAGGAUUCUUGCGAGGCCUCCGUGCAAGAUCUCCAAUGCCAAUUACUUCAUUUCGUCUUAUCGCGCAAAGAAACGAUCGAGCAUUGAAUCCGUAUUAAUCAACGUCUGAUCGAGAUCUCAUCCAGACGAUUUCUAAUCAUUUUUAUAUCUGUUUUAUAUAUCAGCGUGUGUCACUUUGUGAUACUCGAGCCAUCGCCAAAUAAAAUAUGUGCGUCCAAUUCGGUGAAUAUCAAAUUUAGAAUCCGGCUCUCUGUACACAGAACCGAGUGCGCUGAUUCUUUCGAUUCGCUCGCAUUCACGAGAAGAUAUAUAUCCUGACACACGCGCGAACGAUCGAUUCUUAAAAAAUUCUUAAUGAAAUUGGACCAUAUAUUGUUAAUUGUGUGAGGGAGAGCGACAAGAUGUGUUUCGUGAGUGUUAUAAAAAAGAAUUGAUAACUGUGAGCGCAGCAGGCGGCGUUAAAGCAUUCGAUUAUUCACAGACCGACAUAUUAAUCUUAACACGUGCACAUGCGUUUCUGGUCAUUAACAUGAAACUAUUCCAGUAACAGAAUACUUGACACAUUGUUCACAUUUCUUUGAAUACUUUAUAAGUAAUAAUAACGUUUACGAUAAAAACAUACUUUUUCUCAUAAUUUAACUGCAUGAUAUGUUAAGUCUAUUAUAUCGGUCUGUGUGUGUGUGUGCAUGUAUGUGUGUACAUAAGAUCAGUUGUUAAAUUGCAUUUGCGAAACAGUGUGAUUGAACGAAUCUCGUGUUUUCAAAUAUAUAUCUCAAAUAAUUGUACGCGGCACAUCGGAAGAGAAAUAUGCUCGACAACAAGCGCACCUACCAUUGUUUAUUUGUAUUUUCACAUGUGUAUACUACCACAGCGAGUGUAUGAAUAUUUAUUCAAGGCGGAGAUGUGCUGUGAUUUACGUCCAAUGUAUUUACUUCCAUACACAUGUGAAGAGAAUUGGAAAUAAAAUAAAGAUAUGUACAACGUUAA